AUGCCUUACCAGCCCGUUUUGACUCCUGAAACCUGCUACAAAGGCCUCUUCGAUGUCAAGUUCUCCAUGGUGAACCUAGAUCUCUCAAGCGUCGAGCAGAAAAUCGCCCAGAAACAGGCGCCCUUUAGCUCCAUCAUUAAGUGUAAUCUGGGCAACCCGCAGGGUGUUGGGCAGAAGCCUGUCACAUACCUUCGUCAAAUGGUAGCCGGAUUUGCCUGCCCAGAUCUUAUAGGGAAGUAUGUAUUGCCCACAGACGUCGAGUUACGUGUCAAACACAUUCUCAAUUCGUGCUCCGGGAAAAGCUCUGGGUCGUACCAGGCGACAGCGGGGAUUCCUGCCGUUGUUGAUGACGUGGCCGCGUAUAUUUCUGAUCGCGACGAGAUUCCGUGCAAUCCAGCCACUGUCUGCAUGGCUAACGGAGCCACUGAGGCAAUUAUGACUCUUCUCCGCCCAAUAAUUCGCAACGAAACCGACGCCAUCCUCUGCCCACGCCCCGGAUUCCCCCUUUACGCCUCCACGAUCGUUUACUAUGGGGGAAAGGAGGUCAGCUAUGACCUGGACGAAUCCAAUGAGUGGGCUCUUACACAGGAGGCUCUGGAUGCUGCACUCCAACAAUGCAAGGAUGAAGGACUGACUCCCCGCUGUCUUGUCCUCAUAAAUCCGAACAAUCCAACGGGCUCGACGCUGACAGAGAGCGAUAUAAAGAACGCUCUCCGUUUCGCAUACAAGAACGACAUGAUGGUCAUGUCUGACGAGGUGUACCAAACGAAUAUCUAUGAGCCAGAGGAAUUUCCUUUCCUCUCCGCCAGAAAGCUUCUCUACGCGCUUAACGCCGAGGGUGAGUGUCAAGGCCUUGAGCUGAUCUCCAUCCACUCGGCCUCAAAGUCCAUCUUUGGUGAGUGUGGACGGCGCGGCGGCUAUUGGCAAGCGGAGAACUUGAAUCCAAAAUUUAUGGAGCAGAUAAUGGACAUAAUUUCACUGGGGUCAACUAAUACGGAUGGAAUGAUGGCUAUGGAUGUCAUCGUUAACCCUCCGAGACCCGGAGAGCCGUCUUAUUGGAAAUUCAAGCGAGAAUGCGACGCUCUCUAUACUAGCCUUCAACGCAAGGCGAGAAUGGUAUCCCAUGAGAUGAACAGUUGGAGGGGGCUGAGUUGCUGUAAGCCUUCUGGGGCAAUGUACGUUUUCCCCAGAAUCCAUGCACCGCCAGCCGCUAUUGAAGCAGCGAGGUUGGCGGGCAAAGAGCCAGACCAAUUGUACUGCCAGGAUCUGCUAGAUAGCGUAGGAGUCUUCACGCUUGACGGUGGCAUGUUUGGCCAAAAGCCCGGAACCUACCAUCUCCGUAUGACUAUUCUUCCUUCUGAAGAGGUAAUGACCGAUCUGCUCGCCAGAUGGAAGGUUUUCCACGAAGGAUGGAUGUCCAAGUACUCUGCAGAAGAGUAA